AUGUUUAUAAUAAUAUUUUCACUCCUUAACAUAUCAAUACAACUAAAUUAAUAAUGUAAUACUAUUUUAAACAAGGAUUGUUGUAUUGAUUCAUGUGAAUGGGAGAAUGAGUAAUGUCAAACAAAAAAAGCAUAAAAUUAUUGCAAUUCCAAUAAUUUUAAUGAAGAAUAAUGUAGAUAAAAUCCAAUAUGUGCAUUUUAUAAUGGUAAAUGUGAACCUUUUUUUGGAUGUUAAACAUAUUAAAAUAUAGGAUCAAAUUGUCCAAGAGUAUCAAUUAAUUGUAUUUCUAUUACAGAUGAACCUGUUUGUAUAUAGAAACCAAUAAAUUGUAUAUAAAUAUCUGAGAGUAAAUAUUGUGGUUAGAUUGAUCAUUAAUAAGGCAGUAAAGAGUCAUGUGAAUGGAAAGAUGAUAAAUGUUAAUUUACAGGAUGUGAAAAGGUAAAUGAAUUUGGAUAACUGUCUGAAUUAAAAUGUUAAAAAUUUCAUAAUGUUUGUAAAUUUGAUGGAAUAGAAUGUAAAAUAAAAUUAUAAUAUUGUUCUUCAUAUCUAUAUAAUUGCAAUUAAAUUACAGCAAUUACAGGUAAAUGCUAAUUAAAUUCUAUUAAAUAAAGUUGUAUGAAUGCAUCAUGUUAUAAUUAUUUUGAAGAUAGCUAUGAGAAAUGUUAAAAACAUUUUGGUUAAUAUGGAUCUUAAUGUAUUUAUAAUAAGAAUUAUUUUGGGGGAAUAUGUCUAGAAAUAGAUUAUAAGACAUAAGUAGGUAAAUGUAUGGUUGAGAUGUAAGAUAAAUCUUGUAAUUAAUAUUUAUUGAUAUCUAAAUGUUUUGGAAUAAACUCAUAGAAAUAUGAUUAAAAAAUAAGUUUUUGUUAAGAAGGUAAUAUAGAUUUAGAAAGAAGAGAAUGUAAUACUAGUUUAAAUGAAUAAGAAUGUAAUACAAUAGAGACAAUAGAAUUGAAAAAAUGUUAAUGGAUUAAGAAUACUUGUUAAACAAUUAAUUAAUGUUCUGAUUAUGAAUUAAAUUUUGAUUCUACAGAGAAGACUUGUGAUGAAUUGAAUUUAGGUUGUAAAUAAAUCCCUUGUUAAAAUAAUAUUUAUGGAUGUUGUGUUUAAAUAUAAGGAUGUAAUGGUUAUUAGACAAAAUAAGAAUGUACAAAUAAUUCUGAUAAUUUUAUUAUUGAUUUAUAAUAUAUAUGUAUUUGGGAGAAUAACUCUUGUAGAUAUGGUAAAUGUGAAGAUUUUAAUAAUGACAUUUAUUAAUGUAAUAAUUUAGAAGAAUGUAGAUAUAUAGGUAAAUAUUGUUAAAAUAAAAAAUUUAUCUCUUGUGAAGGAUUAGAAAUAAAAGAUUGCAUUAGAUUAAAUUGCUUCUAUAUAAUGGGAAAAUGUUAUAGUGCAUAUGAGAUUUAUAAAGAUAUUUAAAGUUUAAGCAAAACAUUAGGGUAAGAUGAAAAUACUGUUUGUUAAUAUUUUUCUGAUAAACUAAUGUAUAGUUCAGAUACUAAAAAUUGUGUUUUAAAAAGUUAAUGCAAAAAUUAUAGUUACAAUUGUUAAAGUAUGAAAUAAUAUGAUAAUGUUUAAUGUGUAAAUAUUAAUUCAGAAUGUCGACCUAUGACAUCUUGUUCUUAACUAUCAUAUUCAGAAGUAGAAAAAUGUUAUAAAGCUUCUAGUGUAUGUAAUACAAAUGGUAAAACAUGUGAGAUUGCUGAAAAACUGUGUACAUCAUAUAAAGAUAAAAAUUCUUGUAAUUUUUAAUUAGAUCUAAGUAUUUGUUAAUGGGAUUCUAAUGGAUGUCAUUUAAAAAAAUGUGAAGAAAUAAAAGUUAUGAAUGAUUGUGAUUCCAAAAAUUUAUGUAUGAAUCCUUAAGUUUGUAGAUAAAAUAUGUGUGUCUAAUCAAAUAAUUAUUGCAUUACUAUAAAAUCAAGAUGUAGUUUAUACUUAUCAAAAAUUAGUUGUUAUAAAUCAAUUAAUUCUUUUUGUUUUUGGAAUGGAUAAUAUUGUAUGGAUAUAAUGAAUUGUUAAAUACUUUCAAUUAGUUAAUGUUAAAAUGAAAAAUAUAAUCAUACAUGUAUUUUUGAUUAUGAUUUCAAUGAAUGUAAGAAUCGUAGACACUCAACUUCUUCAUCACUUAAUUAAACAUGUUUAUAAAAUAAUUAUAAAGAUGAUUAUUAUUGCAAUUCUUAAGAAAAUAGAGAUAAAAUAAUAUCAUUAUUCAAAAAUACUUGA